AUGGAGGACGAGGAAGGGCCUGGGUGUGGCAAGGCUGACUUUGUGCUCCUGGACCAGGUGACCAUGGAGGACUUCAUGAAGAACCUGCAGCUCAGGUUCGAGAAGGGUCGCAUCUACACCUACAUCGGCGAGGUGCUGGUGUCCGUGAACCCCUACCAGGAGCUGCCCCUGUAUGGGCCUGAGACCAUCGCCAAGUACCAGGGCCGUGAGCUGUACGAACGACCGCCCCACCUCUAUGCCGUGGCCAACGCCGCCUACAAGGCCAUGAAGCAACGGUCCAGGGACACCUGCAUCGUCAUCUCGGGCGAGAGUGGCGCGGGCAAGACGGAAGCCAGCAAGCACAUCAUGCAGUACAUCGCCGCCGUCACCAACCCCAGCCAGAGGGCCGAGGUGCAGAGAGUCAAGGACGUGCUGCUCAAGUCCACCUGCGUGCUGGAGGCCUUCGGCAAUGCCCGCACCAACCGCAACCACAACUCGAGCCGCUUCGGCAAGUACAUGGACAUCAACUUCGACUUCAAGGGGGACCCCAUCGGGGGGCACAUCCACAGUUACCUGCUGGAGAAGUCUCGGGUCCUCAAGCAGCACGUGGGCGAAAGGAACUUCCACGCCUUCUACCAGCUGCUGAGGGGCAGUGUGGACCAGGAGCUGCAGGGGCUGCACCUGGAGAGGAACCCAGCUCUGUAUAACUUCACGCGCCAGGGAGCCGGGCUCAGCAUGGGCGCCUUGGACAGCGAUGAAGGGAGCCACCGGGCGGUGACAGAGGCCAUGAGGGUCAUCGGCUUCAGCGCUGAGGAGGUGGGCUCUGUCCAUCGCAUCCUGGCGGCCAUCCUGCACCUGGGAAACAUCGAGUUCGUGGAGACACAGCAGAACGGCCAGCAGCAGGGGGGUCUGGCAGUGGCCGAGGAGUCCCUGGUGGCCCACGUGGCCGAGCUGACAGCCACCCCCCGGGACCUGGUGCUGCGCUCCCUGCUGGCCCGCACGGUGGCCUCUGGAGGCCGGGAGCUCAUAGAAAAGGGCCACACGGUGGCCGAGGCCAGCUACGCGCGAGACGCCUGUGCCAAGGCUGUCUACCAGCGGCUGUUUGAGUGGGUGGUCAACAAGAUCAACGGCGUCAUGGAGACCGGGGACCGGGACCCACGGCGCGACGGCAAGGACACAGUCAUCGGCGUGCUGGACAUCUAUGGCUUCGAGGUGUUCGCUGUCAACAGCUUCGAGCAGUUCUGCAUCAACUAUUGCAACGAGAAGCUGCAGCAGCUCUUCAUCCAGCUCGUGCUGAAGCAGGAGCAGGAGGAGUACGAGCGCGAGGGCAUCGCCUGGCAGAGCGUGGAGUACUUCAACAACGCCAGCAUUGUGGAGCUGGUGGAGCGGCCCCACCGAGGCAUCCUGGCCGUGCUGGACGAGGCCUGCAGCACCGCAGGCCCCAUCACUGACCACAUCUUCCUGCAGACGCUGGACACACACCACCGCCACCACCCGCACUACAGCAGCCGCCAGCUCUGCCCCACAGACAAGACCAUGGAGUUUGGCCGAGACUUCCGGAUCAAGCACUACGCAGGGGACGUCACGUACUCCGCCGAGGGCUUCAUUGACAAGAACCGAGACACCCUCUUCCAGGACAUCAAGCGGCUGCUGUACAACAGUGGAGACCCCACCCUGCGAGCCAUGUGGCCGGAUGGGCAGCAGGACAUCACAGAGGUGACCAAGCGCCCCCUAACGGCCGGCACGCUCUUCAAGAACUCCAUGGUGGCCCUGGUGGAGAACCUGGCCUCCAAGGAGCCCUUCUACGUCCGCUGCAUCAAGCCCAAUGAGGACAAGGUGGCCGGGAGGCUGGACGAAGAGCACUGCCGCCACCAGGUGGCCUACCUGGGGCUGCUGGAGAACGUGAGGGUGCGCAGGGCCGGCUUCGCCUCCCGCCAGCCCUACUCCCGCUUCCUGCUCAGGUACAAGAUGACCUGUGAGUACACGUGGCCCAACCACCUGCUGGGCUCCGACAAGGCGGCCGUGAGCGCCCUGGUGGAGCAGCACGGGCUGCAGGGGGACGUGGCCUUCGGCCACAGCAAGCUGUUCAUCCGCUCGCCGCAGACGCUGGUGGCCCUGGAGCAGAGCCGAGCCCGCCUCAUCCCCAUCAUUGUAUUGCUGCUGCAGAAGGCCUGGCGGGGCACCCUAGCCAGGUGGCGCUGCCGCCGGCUGCGUGCCAUCUACACCAUCAUGCGCUGGUUCCGGAGGCACAAGGUGCGCGCCCACCUGGCAGAGCUGCAGCGGCGGUUCCAGGCCGCUCGGCAGCCCCCGCUUUAUGGCCGUGACAUCGUGUGGCCCCCGCCUCCUGCCGUGCUACAGCCUUUCCAGGACACCUGCCACGCUCUCUUCUGCAGGUGGCGGGCCCGGCAGCUGGUGAAGAACAUCCCCCCUUCAGACAUGGCUCAGAUCAAGGCCAAGGUGGCCGCCAUGGGAGCCCUGCAGGGCCUGCGGCAGGACUGGGGCUGCCGGCGGGCCUGGGCCCGAGACUACUUGUCCUCGGCCACCGACAACCCCACAGCCUCGGGCCUGUUUGCACAGCAGCUGAAGGCCCUGCGGGACAAGGACGGCUUUGUGGCUGUGCUCUUCUCCAGCCACGUGCGCAAGGUGAACCGCUUCCGCAAGUGCCGGGACCGGGCCCUCCUGCUCACAGACCGGCAUCUCUACAAGCUGGACCCCAGCCGCCAGUACCGGGUGAUGCGGGCAGUGCCCCUGGAGGCGGUGACGGGGCUGAGCGUGACCAGUGGGCUGGACCAGCUGGUGGUGGUGCAUGCCCGGGGCCAGGAUGACCUCGUGGUGUGUCUGCACCGCUCCCAGCCUCCGCUGGACAACCGCAUCGGGGAGCUAGUGGGUGUGCUGGCCGCACACUGCCAGGGGGAGGGCCGGGCCCUGGAGAUCCGUGUCUCCGACUGCAUCCCGCUGAGCCAGCGCGGGCCCCGGCGCCUCGUGUCGGUGGAGGCCAGCCCGGAGCAGCAGGAGCCAGAUUUCCGCUGUAGCCGUGGCGCCUUUACCCUCCUGUGGCCAAGCCGCUGACUGCGGUAUCCCAGCCUUGCCCUUGCCCUUGGCCACGCCAAGGACUGCCCCCUCCCCCCUGAGCACUGCACAAU